CUGAACUCGGCCCAGGUACCUUGUUCAAAGCCUCCGUGGGCUUGUACUCUCUUUCAUCCGAUGCAAUAAUCUCACCAAGGUACAUAAAUAUCUCCCGAGUGUUUGCUCUCCUCACCUUUCCAUUCAAACUUCCGGCCCCAAUAACCUUACCCCAAAGACUCACUCACUGCAUCAUUCCGAUAAAUCUUGUACAUCUUGAGGUCGUGCUUUCACCUUCCAUCAUCCCAUACUUUCAACUACAGGAAUACCCAUCAAAGACAUAGUCACGAUGGUCACAUCACUCAAAAGGUCGCCAUCACGGGCAAUUCUUUGCAUUCAUGGUGGUGGUGCUUCCCCCGACAUAUUCCGUUUUCAGCUCGCUGGCUUCCGCGCGGCUCUCAAGGAGGAUUUCGAGUUCGUGUUUGCCACCGGACCCCAUGUCGCAGUUCCCGGUCCAGACGUCCUCCCCUUCUUUGCCGGCAUGAAGUCAUUCUACUCCUGGUUUCGAAAGGGCGCAAUCGAUACCGAAGGGGAAGUUGCCGUGUUCAACGAAGCCAUCAAGAUGGCAGUUGAGGACUGGCAGCUGGAGAACGAACACGUCAAGAUCGUCGGGGUCUUGGGCUUCUCGCAGGGCGGGCUGGCGAGUACGGUCUUGCUGUGGGAGCAGGAGAUGGGACUGCUGCCGUGGCUCCCGCGAUUGGAGUUUGGAGUAUUGGUCUGCUGCGCUUAUAGUGAUGUCGCGACAGAUUACAUCCGCGGCAAGUCAGACGGCGGUGAGAUUGCCAAAAUUUCGGUGCCAACGUUGCAUCUUCAUGGGAGUCAGGAUUGCAAUCUCGGGCAGGCAAGAGACACUCUUGCAACGCAUUAUUCUUCGAAGGCCUCUCACGUCAUCAAUUUCGAAGGGGGACAUCAUAUUCCCCAGAAAAGGGAGGAUAUUGUAAAGAUGACGAACCACAUUCGACAUCUUUCUAAAAGGGACAACAUGCACUAGCUCCUUUACUCAGAUUAACUCAUUCCCAUAUAUCUAGCGGCAGCGUCUACUUCAUACACCUCAGUUGAGCCAAACUUUUCUAUUGACGUCAUCCUCAUCUGAAUCUUGGUGAACUACUGGUCUUUUUGAGUAACCUUAUAUGUCUUGUCUGAGGGAAACCCGGAUGUGAAGGUUGUCUUUGAACCAUAAAGUCCAGCAUUUCUGAUCUUCCAUCCAUCGAUUACUUUCGGUACAUAAUUCCAUAUUGAAAUGGAAAAGAAAGUUGGCGUAUAAGAGGCGCAUCUCCUGCAAAGCAAGACUGUUAAAUGAGUUAGCUAAGGUGCUAUGAUUCAAGAUGAUGAAAGUGGAAUUCAAGAAACGGU